AUGUUUCUCUUCCGCCACAGUGCCGAGCCGAUGGAAGCGGAAGAGGAGCGCCAUGAACGGGUCGACAGCACGACGGAGCCCCACAAUGCGGCCACCGCUGCGGCUCGAAAGCGCAGGACGUCCGCGGAUGUGGCUAACGGCGAGGUCUCGCGCGAGGCGUCUGGCGUUGCGGAGUCGUUUGACGAAACUGGAGGUGCACCGCACACCCCGCGCGAGGGUACCGCGCCUCCGCCCGAUGUGCAUGAUAUGCUGGAGCACCAGCGUCCGCGUGACGAAGACGACGCCGAGGCGGAUAUGGCCGCUGCCGCACUGGCUGCAUCGGCCCCGGCUCCAUUCCACGGUGUCCCGACACUACCGAUGCCGCGCACUUGCGACGAGAACCCUCAAGCUGAAGCGGACGGAAACAGCACGCAGCGCCAUCGCAGCUACUCGCACACAUCACGUUUUGCGGCGCCGUCGCCACGCUCGACCAGCGGCAUCAGCCGUGGCCGCUCCUACUCGCUGAGCGGCCUCAGCGCCGCCGAACUGGCGGAUGUGCACGAGCAGCAGUACCGUCGCUGCACCUCUAUCGUCAAGUCCGCGCGCUGCAUCUCGGCACGCCGAGCCAGCUCUGUGAACGGGGUCGUCGGCGUCAUCGAUGACCUCUACACGUUGGCCAGCCGCCGCAGCAGCGCCAUGACGGAGGCUGAGCGCGUCGCAGUGGAGCGGAUGAUAGAGAACGAGUACCGCCGGCAGGAGGCGGCAGAGCGCUCGGCGCAGUUCGCGCUCGCGCGCGAGUCCAUCAUCGUCAACGAGGAGCUUGCUCGUGAGAAGGCCACGUAUGUGCGGCGCAUGCAUUUGAAUGAGGAGCUGCACGCGCGUUUGGCGAAGAGCAGCCGCACCCGCCAGGAACGCAUGACCGCUGCGGCGCAGCGUCGGCAGGAGAUUGAGCAAGAGCGGCUGCGUGUGCUCUACGGUUCGAUGAUGGAGAAGGACACUCGCUACCACUUCCGCAAUCCGUACGAGAUGAUGGCUGCGCAGCGUCGCUACAGUAUUGAGAUGCGUAGCCCUGCCGCGAUCGCGCCGCAGCGGCGCGCCUCCUCGCCGUCCACGAGGGCAAGCGGGAACGCUCAGAUGAGCCCCCGCUCGGCGGAGGGGGUUGCGAACUGUACCACGGAGGACCGCUGCACCUCGUCUCCCGCCACGAGGCGGCGUAGCAGCACCCCGAGUAUCGCCAAGUCCAAGCCGCGACAGUGCCUGCCACUCGAUGCCUGGAAGAAGCCGGUGCCGCCGCGUAAGGACUCGUGCCGGAGCGACAUCUCUGCUGAGCACCGCUGCCGAUCUCCGACUGACUGGCGGGCCACUGCGGUGUUAGAACACCCACGCCAGUGGCACUAA